CUAGGUAUGACACAUGACGCCAUUUUGUCAUCGUACAUUGGUGGUCAUGAAAUAAAAUCGAAUUUUCAAAUUUCCCUGCAGAAAAGGUUGUAUUGAAAAAGAAAUUGAAAAUAACAUUUUGUAAACAACUGUAACCCUCUGAUUAGUUCUGCCAAAUUUCGUUCCAAAAGAAGUUUUUUACAUAUUUUCCUGUUUAUCUGAAAAGGUCCGAUCAGCGAGUAUUGAAUUUCUUCCCGACGUCACGUUCAAAAAUUUGCGUUUGUUGAUUAAAAGGGUGAAUUUCAUGGCUUCGCCGGUAAAUGAGCCAGUCGCCAUUUGCAUAUAAUCUAUGGUCCAUUUAAAAGCGGCAGUUUCGUAUUUUGAGAUGAUAUAUUUUUCUUUGAAGAAAAUUUAUAUUUUACGGUAAAAAAAUAUAUUUAAAGUCUUAAUUUGAGUUUUACAAAUGGUUCCCAAUUAGUUUAAUAUUUGAAAAAUGUAUCAUUAGAAAGCUGAGAUUUUUUUCUUCAAAAUACAGUUGAAAGUUCGAAACUAACGAAACUGGCUCUUUUGCCGGUCAUGACCUUUGUACUCUUCCGUUACUAACGACGCCACGAAAGUAAACGUUACGUCAAACGUCAAAAAUUUACAGAAAAAAAAUGGAACGUCAACAAUUAAUGGACUUGAGUGACUGGAAUGAGGAAUUUUUACAUGAUUUGAUCAACAAAAAGAUAAAAGCAGGAAUACAGUCAAUCACAAAUGUACAAUAUGCCCUACUUUUCACGAUGGUGCAGGAAAUGGAGUGUCCUAUAUAUGCAACCCUUGAAGAUGUUUUACGUUAUGCCAUGCCUGCUGUUACGGUACCAAAAAAAUGGGCCAAUGUCACCAGAAGUGUAAUGAACAAUGUGAAUAAAAACAUAAAUUUAAAGAAUAUUGUUUAUCAGUUAACUCCUCAAGAAAAGCCUACAACUAUUAAUAAUGAAAGUAUAGGAAAUGUAUGUGAUGCAUUAGGUAUACGCCGGUCAACUCUGCUCCAUCCACCGGAAAAUUUAUCAAGUACUCUUUUAACUGUGAAAGCUUUCCAUGAAAUCUGUCUUUUCAAAAACCGGUAUUCCUAUACAUGGUCAGAUGUGGCUGAAUGGACCAACAAUAUGUUGCCAGAAGGCAUGCUUGUGAACAAACAUAAAGUUCUAUAUUUAUACAAGAAAAUUAAUGACAAUUUUCAAAGUUACAUGAAAAAUAGACAAAAUGAAGAUCUUGACACUUUUAAAUCAUCCAAAUUCUUUAAGUUUCUUAAUAGUACUUUACAACCAAAAUUACAAACAGAUAUGCAGAAAAAUGAUAAAUCAUUAAAAAGGCAGUGUUUAAAACUUGUAGCAAAUCAGAGAGAAGUUUUGACUGAAAAUCAAGAGUUGUGUUUUGAAAAUGAAGUGUUAAAGGAACAAAUUGUUGAACAAAAAAAAAACAUCAGGAAUAAUGAAUCUGAAUCAGUGAAAAGAAACCAGGAACUUAGAAAACUAAGGUUGACAAAGGAGGCAAAUGUAAACUUAAAAGAAGAAAAUAAAUCUUUAAAAGAAAAUUUGACUUCUUUGAAAAAGGAAAAUUUUUGUAAGAGAUUAAGGCGAAAACAGAAAAAGCUUGAAAAGAAAGAAAGAAAAAUAAUAGAGAAGAAUAAAGCUUUAAACAGAGAAAACAGUGGUCUAAAUGCAAGAAUAAGAGCUAUUGAAUCAGAUUUUGCCAAAAAAAAGAAUGAAAAAAAAAUAAAAAUUCACAGAUUGUCAAACCGAUUAUCUCAUGCGAAGAAAUUUAAUAUCAAACUCAAACAGAAAUUACACAGCCAAAAUGUUGAUUUAGAAAAUAAAAAAAUUGAAACAUCAAAUCUAAAGAGAGAGUUAAGUGUUGCAAAUGAUCAGUUAGAUAUAAUUGAGGCAGAAAAUCAAAAUAAAAAAGUAUCUACAAAGGAAGGUUUCAGAUAUACCGAUAGCAUGCGAACAUGCAUUAUGGAUCUCCAUGGCAGUGAUAUUUCUGCAAACAAAAUUUCUAAUGUUAUAAAUAUUGUAAGCAACAACUUGUUUGACUCUGUACCAUCAGAUUUGCCAUGUAGAUCGACAAUUUCAAAUAUAUGUGAUGAAGGACAUGUUUUAGCUAAACAUCAUGUGAGUGAAACAUUGGCUAACUGUCAGCAAUUUGACAUUUUCUCAGAUGGCACCGGUCGUGAAGGAAAAAAAAUAAUAGAUUUAGGAGUACAUACAAAAACCGGUACAUUAUCAUUAGGAUAUAAAUCAGUGGCAAGGGAGGAUUCAGAUACUGUUGCUCAAACAAUUAAAGACUCUUUAAAUGAGUUUGCUGAUCUUCAAAGCAUAACUAUUAAUAAAUUAUUGUUGCAACUUACAGCUAUGAUGAGUGAUCGUUCAAGCGUGAUGAAAAAAACAAAUGAAAUUAUUGAUGAAUGGAGAAAAUUAAAAUUAACAAGAUUUAAAUGA